GCUCAUGAACCAGGGCUUUAGGACUUUAAUCUUAGUGUUUAGCGUUAGAUUCCUGGCGCUGAAUUGACCGAACCUUCUCCAGAGAGCCCAGAGUGGGCUGGAAGCUUCCACAACACCGGAAAAACAGAACCAGCGCGGAGGGGAUGGAGAUAGACUGCCAGCCUGAGGACUCCAUUGUCUCUUCAUUUGAUGAGGACUCUGUUGAGCUUGGUGACGUCAAGGACAUGAGACUGGAGGCUGAAGCAGUGGUCAAUGAUGUACUUUUUGCUGUCGCAGAAAUGCAUGUCUCACAAAGUCUUACCAGUGCAUUGGACGUGGCCUACAUCAAUGUGGAAACAAGAGAAGGAAAUCGAUAUUGUCUGGAGCUCACAGAGGCAGGACUGAGGGUGGUGGGCUAUGCCUUCGACCAAGUGAACGAGGACCUGAACAGCCAGUAUCAUGAGACUGUUUACUCGCUCCUGGACACGCUAAGUCCAGGUUACAGAGAAGCCUUUGGAAACGCUUUGCUCCAGCAGCUGGAGAGGCUGAAGCAAAACGGACAAUAAGGAGCAUAAUGCUGCAGGACCUGUAUAUGUGACACAAGGGUUAAUGAAGCCUGCUAAUAACAUGUGACAUCAACCUCCCUUUCUGAGUGAGGACACUCCGCUCUAACAGCUUUGUUUUGUUCACAACUUCCUUUAGUAAAGUUACUGCUAAGACUUUGCUGUAAUGUAGCCGUUGCUCUCUGGAAACAUCUUGCAGCUUCAGUGUUAAACAAUUUUAAUGUAUUUUAAAUUUUGUAAUUAUCAGAUUGAGCCUCACUGUCUACACUAAACCCAUCACCUUAUGCCAUCUAGAUCUUAUCCAUCAGCAGUAUUCUAUGCUCCAUGUAUAAUUUGCAUUAAUGGCACAGCACAUCCUCUGCUAUAGAAAAAGCAGCUGUACUUGUGUUAACUUUGAGUUUGCUUAACUGUUUAUCUUCAGUGUACAUGUGAUCUGUUUAUGAUCCUACUCCAGUGUUAAGACAAAGUUUUUUUCCCCCAGUCAUUCUGGUAUCUUCCCCAUAUUCAGACCAGUAAACGCUCACAUUUGUCAGGUAUUCUUUAAGUCUUUACUUUAAAAGUGGUCUUUGUAGCACCUUGUGAUGCAAAGGCCACAGUAACAACAUAAACUAGAACAAUACAUUUGUUAUGACUAUGUGCAACAAAAACACAGGUAAAGAAAAACAGCUCAGAUGAUGUUUAAUGCAUACAUCUCAUUCAAGAUGCUGAACAUUUAUUCAGAUCAGAUUCAGUGAGAACUAACCUCUUAUUUAUUAGAAUUUUAUUUCAUUUUCAUGGUAGUACUCAAAUUGCAAGGUCAAUGCAAAAUAUUAAAGAAUUAACAAGUACAGUUUGCAAUUUUUCUGACUACACGGCAGUCAGUAAAACAGACAUUAGGGCUUUAGUGGAAUGUAGUCAAGCCACAUCUAUGUUUAAAAUUAACAGUUUACAGGAAGAAAACCGAUGAGUGACUUGCAAAAGAAACUAACAUUAAAAACCAAUUUAAUCAGUUCGAGCUUAUUUAGAACACAUUUUACACCAAACUGAAUCCCUUUUUUU